AUGCCUUCUCUGGCCUCCCGUGCCCGUUCCGCGCAGUACACCAAGCUUCCGCCCUCCGCUCUGCUCUCUUGGCGACUCCCUUCCAUCUCGCGACGCCUUUCCCUCAGCCCGCCCGUCCCCACUGCUGCGUCGGCGGAUCGUGCAUCCUCUGCCCUUCCCACUUGCUGGUUUCGCACUGUCGCUGCCUCUCUGGCGACGGUGACCAGGUGCCUUCCCUCCUGUUGCGCUGCUGGCGGCGCUCUGGCAAGUGCCGUUCCCUUACGUACUUCUCCCUCCGCUGGCGGCGCCAGACGGGCGAGCGGGACCCGCUGCUGUCCCUCUUCUCUCUCUGCCUUGGCCGUACCGGCGAGCGCCCCACGCUGCUGCGUUCCCCGUGCUGCUGACCGCGGCGCUCCUGCGACCAAAGCUCCUCUCCGUGCCUUCCUUCUGGGCGCCCGUGCGGCUCAGAUGAGCGCGGCUCAUCCUUCCAUCUGCCGCCGUGCGCCUACCUCUGCUCCGGCAAACGCAUGCCGCCGCCGCUCCAGCCUCCCUGCUCCUGACGCCUAUCAUACGGGCGGAAGUCGCCUACGCACCAUUCUUCGUGGUGCUGAUCCUUGCCCGGCGUGCGCGACCGCUCCGCCUUCCCUUUGCCAAGCUGCCUUCGCGCCAGUGUGUCUCGAACGCCCUUGUCUGGUGUCACUCGCUCCUGGCGAACCCCGCCCACCCAUGUUCUCUGCCCAUCCGGACCUGCAUGAGGUCGACACCAUCCUCUCACACCGUGACAAUCCGGUUGGCCGUGAAUAUCUCAUUCACUGGCGCAACACCUCAGCAUCUGAAGACUCAUGGGAGCCGUUCUCCAACCUCAGCCAUGCUCCUCGUGCCAUUGGUGUCUAUCUUGCCUCAUUGGCACCGAGGACGGUGCCUUCAGGGAGGGGAGGUAAUGUAACAAGGGGCACCUGCGCGGGAGCCAGCGUGAAGCGCACGGGAGGCAGCAACAUGCAGCAGCCGUGUGCAAGGGUGAACGUGGGCAGCGCAGGGGAGAACGUGGGCAGGACGUAG